AUGCGCCGAAUAGAAGGACCGUGCCUGUUUGCAUGUGUUGCUUUUGUGAUCAAGCUGCCAUUUGGUCCCGUCGGGCUCGAUAUUCGAAACCCGCCCACGGAGGAGCGAUUUCUCAGAAUUCAGGAGGUCAACGGGAUCACUAGCUCAAGGACCCAUGUUGCUUCGCAACCAUCUGAGCGCGCGGUAUCCCAAGCGAUAGCAGGGGCUAGCAAACUUUCCUUAAUAUUUCUCUGCCUUCCUGCUGGAGAGUUACUUCUGUUGUUGCUGGUGGACUCCUUGCUACAACUGCUGCUCUGCAACCCGUCUUCAAGUUCACAGCAGGAUCCGUCCUGUGACGUCUUCCUCGUGCUCCUGAGCGACGCACUCUUCACUGCGCUGCCAUUGCUACUGUACUGCUUUGGGCCCUGGCGUGCCUCAGACAAUCGAGCAGUCACUGAGUGGCAGGAAGUAGAAAGGAAACAAGAAGGCCUCAAUUCUUCGGGAGGCCCUACAACCACGGUUUUGACAGCUGCUUCUGCAGGCGGGAAAGAAAUCGUGUGCAGGAGAUGCUGCAGUGGAGCCCUUUUGAAUCCCACGUGUCCUACUGAGGCCUUCAGUGGUUCGAUCGUCGAGUGUCAUGAGGCCCAACGACGCGGAAAGACGGGAGAUGCCUUUGACGUAAGAAGAAGGGACAAGCCCAGUCAUGGAGCAGAGCACUCGGUAGAGCGGCUGUUGAUUUCUCUGGUUUUGUUGCUAUUGAAGCAGAAUAGUGCAAGUGCAGGGGAACAGGACAGUCUUUUUGUUGAUGGAGCAACUACACCCGUCGAAGCAGAGGGGCUGCGCAGAGAAGUCAAAAUGCGCUGCGAAAGACAUCCCUGCAGAGACAAAGGAGAAGCAGACACAAGCAGUCCAGGCCCAAGAACUGGUAUUUCGGACGGCGGCGGACCUGUUCUGCGCCCCAACCCCUGCGACAGGGGGACAAUGCAAAGUCCGCAAGGGCCCAUACAAAUAGUCGUUCCUCGUGUUGAGAGAGCCCUCACACCUUCAGAAACACGGGGCGAAGCUGCUGUAUGGAUUUGCCCUCCGGCCCACAGCGCCUGCAAUCUUGCCGCAACGCAGCCACUUCUCCAACACAAGCACACUUCAUGCGCUGCAGAACGCAGCACCUUCGCUAUGGAUUCUCCUCAUACUAAACCUCUCGUGGCGCCAGACCAGCGCUACCCACAGGCGGCCUCGUCAGUGGCAGGCACCAUCACACAAGCAGCGGCAGGUUUUACAAGGCACAAGGACUCGGCAACCUCCAGCCCUGCUCCCCUACCCAAGGCACCCGCGCAGGUAGAGAGAGGCCGCCAAAGGCUGCUCGUCGUUCCCUUGAAAGACCAGACUGCCCAAACGAACCAAGAAAGCACGCGCCCUGCGGGUAUGGGGCGAACACCUGCUGUUCCCAUCGUGCCCUGUGAGCAACGCCCACUGCGUGCUGAUGCAGCACCUCUUUUGGUAAUAAGGGCAAGAGCUAGCAGUCAGCCCCACCCCAGCAGGGCCAGUCAAGAGUCUAUUUUGUUCAGCUCAAGAAUAGCCCCGUCGAAGGGGCCGACUGUCCCUCCCUCGUACUUGGUGCAGCCUGCACUGAGAGCUGAAGGCAACAGCAGGCCCAGCGGCAUUGAUGGCAGUAGCUGCCAGCCGUCGGAUAGAGGAGUGGCAGUGAUAAAGACGCUCCAUCAACACAGACAAGGCGACACUAACGGGUUUGUCCUUGUGGGAAGCCCUCGAGGUGCACUCAGCCCAACAGGAGCAGUUGGUGCAACUCUGGCCAGAGUCCUAAAACCUCACCUCUUGGGCGACCUAUCCCUUCCCUGCAAAGAAGGUAACAUCAACAGCGCCAGACUAUCUAGCGGAGCGAAUGGAAUCUCUCGAAUUUAUUUCGGCAACAUGAUUCCUCAAGGAGAGCAAGAAUCAUCUCUAGCGGGAAACGACCGCCACUUCCAGCAGCUGAGCCCGGGUCCCGGUAGGGAACAGCAGCAGCAACAAGGAGAUCACCCGCAGCAGCACCAUUUACUGCAGCACCUUAUGCAUCAGCCUGGGUUGCCAGUAUCGCCGAGAAGAAGUAGCCCCCAGGAGGACAGAGACAAAAGGGGAGGAUCAACCCCUUCGCAGCCCCACAUGAAGGUCCAUCGAGCGGCGAUGGACCCGGGUGUGCCGAUUUUGCUGCAGAAGGUGACAGCUCCCGAAGAACGUGGAAGGGGAGAUUGCCGUGCUGCUCCGAAUGAUCUCAACAAGCAGAAUAACACUAUUCCGGGGCGGGGAGUAGAAAGAGUGCAUGCAGGGAGGACAGCCUCGCCUGAGCAGCGGUUGCCUGUCCUCGGCCCUUUUACAGCCUGGAGCCAGCAGCCCAACAAGCCUAGUUCCUCUGUUUCAUGGGGCCGCUCGAAAGCCAUUGGGGCCAACGGGACACCUAUGGUGAGCCCCCGAAAGAAAGGGAGGACGAGCAGCUUGGGGCAUGGAGAGAAAUCAAACGAGACAGGCUUGCACAGAGAGUCAGCGCUGACUUUUGAUUCAGAGAUGCACUUUCAGAGGCCUCCCAACAUCACCUUUAGAACGAUUUCGGGGGAAGGCACGCGCGGAAAAGUCUUGGGUGAAGACUCGAUGGACAGGAGAGAAUGCACGCACAUGAGCAACAAGCAGUUAUUUGGAGCCCCCUCGCUCCCUUCGAGGGACUCGACGACGCAGAGAAGGCCGGGAGACAACGAUACAGAAGAGAGGCACGAGAAGCUCCGCGACUUUGCCAUGUGGCGCCGAGGCAGGCGUAUAGAUAAUGGGGGCUUAGAAUUUUCAGGGAGAAUACCACCACCCAAGCCAGACCCCACAGUGCGCUUAGGCAAACCUGGUGGAUUGCAAGAAGGGCAAGUUGCGGACUAUAAUGAGAAGACGAUGCACCCAUCUGCUUGCAGGGCUGCAAGCACAGGCCACGCAAAGAACAUCGCCGAGGUGUGUGGGGAAAGGCGGUCUGCGGCUAGACCAGGAGCCUCGGGGGCUGAGGGCCCUUCUGUGUUGUUGACGAGGCCAGGAGACGACAAACAGCUCUCCUCACCACAGCUCGCCAGCAGCAGCCGUCUCAGCAGCAGCGCUAGACCCAUUGACUCGUGCUGUCCCAGGCACACCGCCUCAAGACCUUCUAUGCUGGAGACAGCAGGAAGAAGACACCAUCCGCCACUGCGCAAGCCCCAGCUGCUGCUGGACGUCGCGAGCAGCGGCAGCAGCGGCACCUCCUGGGAGAGCUGGGAGCCCUUGCUCCAAGGAGAGCUUGCAACUUUCUCCUUGCCUAUCUCAGAGGAAGAGGCCUCCCGACUAAGGGACGAGUUCAAUGAGGGCGGCGAGGGAACUUCAUAG